CCAGCGGUGGCGUUUGGACGCAAGAUCCAAGUGCCAUGGAGGCCAAAGUCGACGGAAUUCAGGACAAGCUGCGAAGCAUAUUCGAAGUCAAGUCGGGGUACCGAGAAGAAGUGACUCAGGCGAAGUUGUUGGAGAAGCACUUUCGCUACUUUGACAGGGACGGGUCGGGCGUGAUCGACUACCACGAGUUCACGGAGGCCAUGGUCAAGCUCAACUUUGUUGGAGUUCAAGCGGAGCUGGAGGGUCUCUUCGACCGGUACGAUGAAGAUUUGAAUGGGACAUUGUCCUACACAGAGUUCGCGAACGCUGUGUUUGGCACAAAUGGGGCAUCCAAGCCACACAAACAGGUCACGUCCAUCGUUGAGCGGGUACACCAUCAUCUGCCGCAACGCGCGGGAGGCAAAGAACGUUUCUUGUGUACAGGUGAAAGCGCUUAUCCUUGAAAGCGGCGGCAAGAACGGUAUUCGAACUCUCACCGUGAUUUUACGGCGAAUGGAUCAAAACGGAGAUCGUACGCUCGACAAAGAGGAAUUCUACAACGGGCUCCUCGAGUUGGGGGUUCAAUCGAACGAGAUCGACGAGACCGAACUGGAAAAAGUGUUUCGGCAUUUCGAUCGCGACGGCAAUGGCCGCAUCACGAUUGACGAGUUGCUUCGAGGUCUACGGGGCGGCAUGAGCAAGCGGCGGAUCCUUCUCGUGCGGCAAGCAUUUGACCUGUUGGACGUGUCAAAGGACGGGACUGUGACCGUGGACGAGAUAGCAUCUCGUUUUGACACGGCGCACCACCCUGACAUCCUCUCAGGACGCCUUAAACCCGUCGAUGUCUUGAGGCAAUUCCUGGCGGUCUUUGAAGGCCAGCAAAUUGGCCCGAGCGGCGAAAGUCCAGCCGACGGAAUUGUGACUUGGCACGAGUUUCUCAACUACUACCGCGACCUCGGCGCGGGGAUUCCGAACGACGACGAGUUCGAACUCAUCGUGCGCAAUGCGUGGCACAUGAGUGGAGGGGAAGGAUGGUGUGAAAACAGCACAUGUCGCCGCGUGCUCGUAACACACAGUGACGGAUCCCAACACGUUUGCGAGAUUCAAAACGACAUCGGCAUCGGCCCCAACGACAAGACCAAAAUGAUGCGGCAGCUGCUCCUCCAGGGCGUCCGUGAUGUCGUGGACGUCAAGCUCACUGCAUGAUCCGGUUCUGUCAAUGUACUUUUAAAUAGUGUGGAAAUCUAAAUACUGUAGUAGUGCA